UGGCUCCACCUGCACACGUGUAGCAGGUGUUGCCAAUUUGGUGUGAUUUGAAGGGCCUCUUUAAGGCCAAUUUUCUAAUAGUUGCCAGUGCCUGAAAUUUCCCCUUUAAAGAUUACUGCUUUCGGUUGUGAAGGGCUCUUUCUAUAAUGUAAAUAUAUAGGAAGAGGCACCACCGUUUAUUGAUGCCUACUAGCACUGUUGUGUGAAUCUCUGCCCUCUGGGACUUGGACAUUCUUGGAGACAUUAUGUUGUAGAGACAUCUUUCUCCUCUCUCACAGUUGAGGGAGGCCAGCCUUCUGCUAAGGGACACUGAAUGGAGUUGUUUUGGGAAAAGUGUACAAAAGGAUUUCUGAACGUUUUUGACCUUAAAUGAAUGCCGUACUUUAGGCAGUUCAUGUAAGAAUCUUACUUGUCUCCUUUUGAUGACGAUACUGCAGAAUUAACAGAAUUUGGCUACUACUUAGUGAGAGGAAGUGUUUAGGCCUCACCAUCUGGUGGGAAGGCUGCUGCUUUUAUUUUCCAUUGCUCUAUUUAAAUAUCCCCCUGAACAAUGGCAGAGGCCCUCUGCUGCUCUUUCCACUGCUUAUAUCUUCUCUUCUGUUGUCUGGUGAAAUUCAGCCUAAUCUCCAAUGACCAGAUUUUACAGAGAUGAUGAGAGCCUUGGGAUACCCUCGACAUAUUUCCAUGGAAAACUUCCGCACACCAAAUUUUGGGCUUGUAUCUGAAGUGCUUCUCUGGCUUGUGAAAAGGUACGAACCUCAGAAUGACAUCCCUUCUGAUGUUGAGACUGAACAAGACCGAGUUUUCUUCAUUAAGGCAAUUGCCCAGUUCAUGGCCACCAAGGCACAUAUAAAACUCAAUACCAAGAAGCUUUAUCAGGCAGACGGGUAUGCAGUGAAAGAACUACUGAAGAUCACCUCUGUCCUUUACAACGCUAUGAAGACCAAAGGCAUGGAGGGCUCUAAACUAGGAGAGGAAGACGUCAGCAAGUUCAAGUUUGAUCUUGGCUCAAAGAUUGCAGAUUUAAAAGCAGCGAGGCAGCUUGCUUCUGAAAUCACUUCCAAAGGAGCAUCUCUAUAUGACUUGCUGGGCAAGGAGGUGGAGCUGAGGGAACUGAGGACAGAAGCAGUUGCCAGACCUCUGGAAAUAAAUGAGACUGAAAAAGUGAUGAGAAUUGCAAUAAAAGAUAUUCUGGCACAGGUUCAGAAGACAAAAGACCUGCUCAAUAACGUGGCCUCUGAUGAAGCUAACUUAGAAGCCAAAAUCGAAAAGAGGAAAUUAGAGCUGGAAAGAAAUCGGAAGCGAUUGCAGACUCUGCAGAGCGUCAGGCCAGCGUUUAUGGAUGAAUAUGAGAAGAUUGAGGAGGAAUUGCAGAAGCAGUAUGAAAUUUAUCUUGAGAAGUUUCGGAAUCUGGCUUAUCUGGAGCAGCAGCUGGAGGAUCAUCACAGGAUGGAGCAGGAGCGGUUUGAGGAAACUGAGAACACUCUCCGUCUGAUGCAGAACAAGCUCAAGGAGGAAGGAAAACGUCUGCUCAAGAGCGGAAGUCAGCCAGGAGUGCCUGAUGCAGCCCUCAGCGACAAGCCUGCAUGGAGUGUGUCCCCCUCUGAGAGGCCCAGCACAGGUAAUGAUGACUCUGACAUUGACAUCCAGGAGGACGAUGAAUCCGACAGUGACAUGGAAGAGAGACGGCUGUCCAAGCUGCAUACGGCCAUGGAGGUGCUCAUGCAAGGACAACCCAGCAAGCGCGUCGUGGGCACAAUGCAGGGUGGAGACACGGACGAUGACAUGGAAGCAGCACCAGCUCUCUUAGGUAAAUGCACGACUUCCAGCUCCAAGAAGCAGGAAGACUUGGAGGACAGUGAGAUUGACAUGGAGGAUGACGAAGAAGACGACGAUCUGGAAGAUGAGAGCGUGGCACUCUCACCAGCUAAGCCCAGUCGAAGAGGCCGGAAACCUGAGCCCCUGGAUGAGAGUGACAGUGACUUCUGACCUUCUUGCCGAGGGACCUAGGCAGAUUAAAACCCUCAGAUUUGUAGGGAAAGGGGAAAUUGAGGAGGCAGAAGAAAAGAGGCUUUUGUUGGAUAAGCCAGCUGGACUUGUUGUUAAUGAAGCAAAGCCUGUUUCUGGUUUAGUUUCCUGGGUGUUGCUCACACAUUCCAAAGCUUAAACAGGAACCGGAGCCAGUCCCACAGAGGAUUUUUUUUUUUUUUUGGCCUUUUCUCUCUCCUAAAACUUGGGAAAUGCAUGUAUUCCUAGUGAUUCACAUCCAUAGGGCAAAAACUUUUGAGAAAUAACAGCCAACACCAUGUAAGUCUUGGCUGUUAUAGUUUGUCACACUUUUUCUCUGAAAGUCAGUGGGACCUUCCCAGACUUAGGGCUGAAACUGGGCACAGGACUCAUUUCAGGAACUUUAGGGCAGUCAGAACAUUCACGUUGUAUCAUUUUUUGAGUCUAGGCUUUAAUUCACUCUGUAGUCUUAUUUUCCUUCUUCUGCACAUUCACAAUACCAAGUUUUAAAUGUAUUUUACUAACUAAAGUUUUCUGAAAGAAAGUAGCUAAUUCAUAUGAAAACCAGCUUUCCUUGAAGAUCAGGUAACAGAGAGAUGCUCAGGUCAUGCACACUUCAUUUUCUCUCAGAAGGCUGAUGUUCCUCCAUAGGAAGGGGGAAAUUAAGGGAAAAGUGUUGGUACGUAUUCAUGUUUCUGACUUAAAAAAAUAAACCAUAUUGAAUUUAAUAGAAUAGCACUAGAAGAAUUUCCCUUUUGUGACGCAAGAAGUGACAGGUAUGUGGAUUUUGCUUUGCUUUGGUUUUGUUAAUACACAGAACAAGCACAGAGGAGUUUUCGUUUACUUUUCAAUUAUAAAAUCAGAAGACUUGGGAAGUUCUUUAUCUCAAUAAAUGUACUUUACACCAUA